AUGACAACUACUGAAUAUCAACUCGAUCUUUUUACAGGAACAUCUAAGAAUGAUUGGACUAAUGCAAUACAUGAAAAACUUAAUAUUAGACGACGUACAUGUACUACAUUCAUCCCAGAAAAAAUAUCAACAAAUGAUCACAUAAGUAGAAAUGAUGUUCGUUGUGGUUGUAAUCGUCUUUAUCGCGAGCAUUCAUGGGAUAUAAUUGAUGGAGAUGAAUCAAAAUGGGAUAGAAUACAGCAUACAAAAUCAGCAUAUAAUAAUGCAUAUGGUUAUAUUCCAAAUACUCGUACUCAUUAUAUUCGAUGUGAUAUUGAAACUGAACCAAAUAUUCUUGCUCAGUUUAUGUUAGAUAUAUGGCAAAUAAAACCUCCACGGUUAAUUAUGUGUAUUAUUGGUGGAGCGAAAUAUUUUAAAUUAAAUGAACGACUUGAAAGGGAAUUUAUUAAAGGUAUUAUCCAAGUAGCAUUAAAAGCAGAUGGUUGGAUUGUUACAAAUGGUUUUAAAACUGGUGUUGUACAAUUAGUUGGUGAAGCUAUUCAUGAUCAUAAAGUAACAAAUCCACGAAGUCAUAUAACAGCUAUUGGCUGUUCGAAAUGGGGAGCAACUAAAAAUCGUGAAUCACUUAUUUUAAAAAAAUCUUCAGUUAAUCAAAGUUCAGUUCAUUUAUCGAAAAAAGAAAAAGGUCAACAAGAUCUUGAACCUAAUCAUACACAUUUUAUUUUACUUGAUGAUGGUACUUAUUAUGGAUAUGAAAUGGGUGAUUAUCGAACAAGAUUAGUUAAUGAAAUAUCAAAAUACAAUGAUACAAACGUACCUGUAGUCACAAUUGUUGUUGAAGGUGGUCCUGAUACAUUAUCAACAAUUUAUAACGAUCUUUGUAUGGGUAUCCCCGUCGUAUUAAUUGAUGGUAGUGGUCGAGUACCUAAUCUAUUUGCUAGUUUUCUUAAUCAAACAGCAGCAAUGGUUAAACGUGAUGAAAAAAAUAAUAAUGAUUCAACAAUUUGGGAAAAAAUAAUUGAUAUUGAAAAUAGUGAAAUAUUAAAAGAGUUCUUUCGUCGAUAUGAAGAUGAAAUACGUCAUGGAUUGAAAGAUAUAUCAAAAGGAUCAAAAAUAACCGAAGAAAAAAUUGAUACAUUAUUGAAAUAUUUUCUUUUUUGUUUACAACCAACUAUUCGAAGGAAAAUACAAAUAUUUAGUCUUGAUAGUGAUCGUGAUUUGGAUGAUACGAUCUUUGAAGCGAUUAUUCAAGCAAAAAAAAAGAAAGGUUUACAAACUGAAGCUGGACUUAAUCGUGAACAAUUAUUACAAUUAGCAUUAGCAUGGGAUGCUAUCGAAAUAGCAAAAGAACAUAUUAUCAAAGAUGAUUUGAGUGAUCUAUCGCCUCAAGCAAAAGAAAAAUUAUUUUUUGAGGCUCUUAUUCUCGAUCGUCCACAAUUUAUUAAUGUAUUUAUAAAAUUAAAGUUUAAUCUAUCCGAAAUGUUCUACGAAAAACGAACAAAUAGUCCAUGGAGAUUAAAAUGGGAUAAAUUAGCAAAAUUAUAUAAUGAUAAUGAUAAAAAAAAGAAAGAACGUCUUUAUUUAUUUGAAAAAUGUCUUGGAAAAAAUCAAGUUAAUUCUGAACAUGAUUUAGAUCGUGUAUUACGUAAAUUAAUUGGUGAUUAUAUGAAACCAAUUUAUACACGCUCAACUGUUAGUUCUUUUGAAAAAUUAAAACAUUGUUGUCGAAAUUCACAUAUGGCACGUGUAUCAGAUAGUCGAACUUGUUUAUAUAAAGAUAAUGAUGAAAAUGAAUCCGAAAUACCAGAUCCUGAAGAAGCAGAAAAAGAAGUUCGAGAACUUGUUUAUCGUGAUUUAUAUCUUUGGUCAAUUUUAACAAAUCGUAUUGAAUUAUCGAAAAUUCUUUUAAAUCAUAUGGAAACACGUAUAUGUGCAUUAUUAAUAGCAUCAAAAAUUUUUCGUUCAUAUUUUUAUUAUGCUUCUGAUAAUGAAUCAAAAGAUGUUAUAUGUUGUCAAAUUACACAAUUUGAAGAAUAUGCAAAUGAAUGUUUAAAAUGUUGUUAUAAUUUUGAUGAAGAAAAAGCAUGUGAAAUAGCUAUUCGACGUCUUAAUAUAUACGGUGGAGUUACUUGUCUUCAAGUUGCUGUUGAUGCUGAUGAUAAAAAUUUUAUUGGGCAACCAUGUUGUGAUCAAGUUUUAAAUAAUAUCUGGUAUGAUAAAAUGGAACCAUUUCAAUCAACAUUAUCAGAUAAAAUUAAAUUAAUAUUAGGAAUUUCUACAUUUGGUAUACUAGCACCAUUUUUAGUUACAUUUCGAACAGAACAAUCAUUAUUAAAUUAUACUUUUGAAGAAGAUAGACAGAUAAAUGGAAUUAAAAUAAAUGAAAUAGAAGAAGAAAAAAAACAACUAAAACCAAUAACAAAUAAACGAUUAAAUGAUCAUGGUAUAAAUUAUUCUGAUAGUUAUAUGUGGCGAUCAACAAAAUAUUCCAAAUCAUAUUUAACAUAUCUUCGUCAUUUAAAACAUUUUCAUGAAUCACCUAUUGUUAAAUAUUCAUAUAAUUCUGCUAGUUAUAUUAUUUUUCUUUUAUUAUUUUCUUAUUAUCUUUUAUUUAAUUUUGAAAUACCAACGGAUGAAAUACCGAGUAUACAUUGGACAGAAAUAUUUGUUAUUCUUAUGGUUACAACAAUGCUCUUUGAAGAAAUUCGACAAUUUCUUUGUCAAGAAAAUCGAUCAAUGAUUGGAAAAUUAUCAAAUUAUUUUAUAACAAAUCAAUUUCAUACUGUUAUUCUUGUUCUAUCUUAUCUUCUUUUUUAUAUUGGUCUUAUUCUUCGUUUUACAAAUACAUACAGUGAACAAGCUUUUUCUGCAGCAAAAAUUGUCCUAGCAUAUGAUCUUGAAAUUUGGUUUAUACGUUCAUUCGUUUUUCUAGGUAUUGCACAAAAUCUAGGACCAAAACUUGUUAUGAUUCGCAGAAUGGUAACCGAUUUAUUUUUCUUUACAUAUAUUAUUUUAAUUGCUAUGAUUGCUUAUGGAGUUGUUUCACGAUCAAUGUAUAAUUUCAAUAAUGAAACAUUUCCUUUUGAUGGUCAAUCAAUUUUUCAAAAUAUUGCUUAUCCAACAUAUUAUCUUAUGUAUGGAAAUAUCGAUGGUGAACUCGCUAAUCUUGAUAGAGAACAAGGUAGUAGUACGUCUAUUGCAACUCAUAUUCUCUUAGCUUUUCAUAUGUUAUUUGUGAAUAUUCUACUCAUUAAUCUUCUUAUUGCAAUGUUUAGUUUUACAUUUCAAUCUAUUCAAAACCAAACUGAUCUUGUUUGGCGUUAUGAACGAUAUUCAUUAAUUCGUGAAUAUUAUGAUCGACCACCACUUUUUCCUCCAUUAAUAAUUAUAACACAUGUAAUUGAACUUGUUAAAUACAUUGCUAGACGACAUUCAAAAACAGCACAAACAAAAACAUUUAAAAUGAUUGGAGCUAAUCGAAAUGUUGAUAGAGAAUGGUCAGAAUUUGAAAGUUAUGCUACUAAUCAAUAUGUACGAUCAUUACUUACUAAUCAACCAUUAUCAAUAGCAGCUCUUGUACCAUCAAAAGAACAACAAUUAUCUUCGGAUAUGACAAAUAAUAAUCAACAAUUUCAAUCAAAUAACAAUCAGUCGGAUACGAAACUACUUGCAGAUGAAGUGACAUCUGUAAAAAAAGUUAUAGCAGAUCUUCGUACUCAUGCAGAAGAAAUGAAUAGAUGUAUGCAUUGGAUGAUGGAGGCAAUGGAACGUGUUAAAAUGUCAAAGGAACCAAGACCAAACUUAACAUCAACAAUAUCUACAAAUAGUUAG